UAGCCCGACCCGACUCAAUUCUAAACUCUGAAUAAUUUUCAUAAAGACCCCAAAUAUUUAGACGAAUAUACGUUUUGGCCCUCAACAUAUAUCCGAAUCUCACUAGAACCCUAAUAGAAACCAGUAUCCUCGGAAGAAUUUCGUCUACUUAUUAAUCUCUCUUGCUUUGCUAGCAAAACAAUUCAUCACCCAAUGUUCAACAAUUAUCACAGUACACGCAAUCAAUCAACCUAUUGAACGAAGGAAUUUCAAUCUACAAUGAGGAAAAACGGAAGUGGAAGCAAUGUUGCUGACAAGGGGCGGAUCCUCCCGGCGGACCCGAAUCUUCCGCGGUUCCUCUGCCAGAACUGCCGCCAAAGCCUCUGCAUGUCUGGCGUCGAUUCUUAUGCCGGGAUGCAAGGUUCUUCAAUCCUUUCGACUGGUAGUGUUGUAGGUUCGUCAAGAAUGGACCAUUCUUAUGUUGUGCUGCCAAAGCAAAGGAAUCAGACGCCAGGAGUUCCGCCUCGCCCUCGAAGUGGAAUGAUUCAACCUGAUGCUAGUCAGUCUGGGAAAGCAAUAGACGAGUCAUUCGUUGUAUUACCUCCACCUGCUGCUUCGGUGUAUAAAUGUGAACCUGGAGCUGAUGGAGGUGGGACCAAUUUGCCAUCAUCUGAGGGUGGGCCCGCUAACUCUCCUGCACAACCUCACAACUCGGGCUUUGAUUCGACCAUAACAGUACUCAAUCGUGCAUUUGAUAUUGCCACAACACAGACACAGGUUGAGCAGCCUCUGUGUCUUGAGUGCAUGAGAGUUUUGUCUGAUAAACUUGAUAAGGAGGUUGAAGAUGUGAACAAGGACAUAAAUGCGUAUGAAGCCUGCCUUCAAAGUUUGGAAGGGGAAGCAAAAACUGUUCUUACUGAAGCUGAGUUUCUUAAGGAGAAAUUGAAGAUAGAAGAAGAAGAGCGUAAACUUGAAGCAGCAAUUGCAGAAACAGAGAAACAAUGUGCAGAAGUAACUGCUGAACUAAAGGAAAUGGACUUAAAGUCUGGCCGCUUUAAAGAGUUAGAAGAGCGAUAUUGGCAGGAGUUCAAUAACUUCCAGUUUCAGUUGAUUUCACAUCAGGAAGAGCGGGAUGCAAUUCUCGCCAAGAUUGAAGUCUCACAAGCUCAUUUAGAGCUGUUGAAGCGUACAAAUGUCUUAAACGACGCCUUCCCUAUUUGGUACGAUGGAGACUUUGGAACUAUCAACAACUUCCGCCUGGGUAGACUUCCUAAAGUUCAGGUUGAGUGGGAUGAGAUAAAUGCUGCAUGGGGGCAAGCUUGUCUUCUCCUGCACACAAUGGCUCAAUACUUCCGUCCGAAGUUCCCGUAUCGCAUCAAAAUUCUUCCCAUGGGAAGUUAUCCUCGCAUAAUGGACAGCAGCAACACUACUUACGAGCUCUUUGGACCAGUGAACGUAUUUUGGAGCACGCGUUAUGACAAAGCAAUGACAUUGUUCUUAACCUGCCUAAAGGAUUUUUCAGACUUUGCAAACUUGAAGGAUAAAGAAAACAACAUCCCUCCCGAGAGAUGUUUUAAGCUUCCAUACAAAAUCGAGAACGACAAAGUGGAAGGUCACUCCAUAACACAGAGCUUCAACAAACAAGAGAGUUGGACAAAAGCUCUAAAAUACACCCUUUGCAAUCUGAAAUGGGCUCUCUACUGGUUUGUCGGCAACACAAAUUUCCAGCCUCUUACAGCCACUAACGUUUCUCCACAUCCCGAAGUAUCUUCUGGCACAACAUCUUUGUACAGUAAACGACCAAUCGAUACCAAGUUACAAUCUUAGAACACUCUUCACUGCCCAGACAAGAAACAGAGUUUGAAUUAAUGUGGAUUCAGAGCAACAAAAAGCUCAUUGUAUAUAGUAUGAAAACCAUCACUAAUACCAAGUUACAGUUUUACAAUUCUAUAUAUCCCCAGAUUGUUGGUAUUUUUUAUGCCAUUUUUUAUUUUAUUUUUUA